AUGCAGGAGGGAGCGGUGAAAUACUCUGGGUACCUGGAGCACAUGGACAAGCCUUUUGAUUCGAAUUGCUUUAGGAAAACGCCCCGACUCAUGAAGCUGGGAGUGGAUAUUACCCUUUGGGGCAUGGAGCUGGGCCUUCUGACCAUGCGGAGGGGAGAGCUGGCCAGGUUUCUAUUCAAACCGCCCUAUGCCUACGGAACACUGGGCUGCCCGCCCUUGAUCCCCCCCAACUCCACUGUCUUAUUUGAGAUUGAGCUAAUUGACUUCCUGGAUUCUGCUGAAUCAGACAAGUUUUGUGCCCUGACCGCCGAGCAACAAGAUCAAUUUCCACUUCAGAAAGUCCUAAAAGUGGCAGCUACUGAACGGGAGUUUGGCAACUACCUUUUCCGCCAAAAUCGUUUCUAUGAUGCCAAAGUGAGAUAUAAACGGAGACGUGAUGUUACGGAGGUGAGGGUAUUGGUCCAUUUUUCUGUGUCUGUGCCCUCUGUCCUAGUGAAAUACUCUGGGUACCUGGAGCACAUGGACAAGCCUUUUGAUUCGAAUUGCUUUAGGAAAACGCCCCGACUCAUGAAGCUGGGAGUGGAUAUUACCCUUUGGGGCAUGGAGCUGGGCCUUCUGACCAUGCGGAGGGGAGAGCUGGCCAGGUUUCUAUUCAAACCGCCCUAUGCCUACGGAACACUGGGCUGCCCGCCCUUGAUCCCCCCCAACUCCACUGUCUUAUUUGAGAUUGAGCUAAUUGACUUCCUGGAUUCUGCUGAAUCAGACAAGUUUUGUGCCCUGACCGCCGAGCAACAAGAUCAAUUUCCACUUCAGAAAGUCCUAAAAGUGGCAGCUACUGAACGGGAGUUUGGCAACUACCUUUUCCGCCAAAAUCGUUUCUAUGAUGCCAAAGUGAGAUAUAAACGGGCCUUGUUGCUUCUCUGCCGGCGAUCAGCACCCCCUGAAGAGCAGCACCUGGUGGAAGCCGCCAAGCUUCUUGUUCUCCUUAACCUCUCCUUUACAUACCUGAAGCUGGAGCAUCCCACCAGGGCCCUGCACUAUGGAGAGCAGGCUCUGAUUAUUGACCAAAAGAAUGCCAAAGCCCUCUUCCGUUGUGGACAGGCCUGUCUCCUCAUGACUGAGUAUCAGAAGGCCCGAGAUUUUCUAGUCCGAGCCCAGAAAGAACAGCCCUUCAAUCAUGACAUCAAUAAUGAGCUGAAGAAACUGGCCAGCCACUACAGGGACUACACAGAUAAAGAGAAAGAAAUGUGCCAUCGAAUGUUUGCUCCUUGUGAUAAUGGCUCUACAGUAGGAGAAAAGUCUUUCAGGGACAUUGGAGUAUUUGAACUGAGAUGUGAGCCAGAGGAUUUCUCUUACUUGGCUGCUGUUAAUGUCCAGUACAAAUGGAGGCCGGCCUUGUUGCUUCUCUGCCGGCGAUCAGCACCCCCUGAAGAGCAGCACCUGGUGGAAGCCGCCAAGCUUCUUGUUCUCCUUAACCUCUCCUUUACAUACCUGAAGCUGGAGCAUCCCACCAGGGCCCUGCACUAUGGAGAGCAGGCUCUGAUUAUUGACCAAAAGAAUGCCAAAGCCCUCUUCCGUUGUGGACAGGCCUGUCUCCUCAUGACUGAGUAUCAGAAGGCCCGAGAUUUUCUAGUCCGAGCCCAGAAAGAACAGCCCUUCAAUCAUGACAUCAAUAAUGAGCUGAAGAAACUGGCCAGGUGA